AUGGGAAAACCAAAGUAUCUUAAGAAAAAGCAAGAGGCUACGGCAGUCUUUGUGCAGCACGCGAAUAACGAAAGCAACCAUGGUAACGAUCAAAUAAAAUCCGAGGGGGAGUUAAAGUCGUCCGGUGCUAUGAUCUCUUUUGCAAAUCCUACUUAUCGCCAAGGUGUUAACGACAUUCUGGUGGAAAAAAUCGAUCUCAGUUAUCAAAGCACUCCGCUACUCGAAAACGCUGUUCUAAACUUAGUGAACGGGAACCGCUAUGGUCUUGUAGGACCCAAUGGUUGUGGUAAGUCGACUUUACUUCGGGCACUGGGUUGCUACGAGAUCCCUUUUCCAUCUCAUGUUGACCGUUACUUUGUCUCGCAUGAAGUGGAGGCCUCGGACAUAACCGCACUCGAUGCGGUGUUGUCUGUUGACAAGGAGCGUGAGAGACUGGAAUUCGAAAUGGAGGAGUUGGCAGUUGCUGAUCAGGAGGAUGCCCACGUCUUGUCCCGCUUAGAUGAAAUUUAUAGACGGCUAGAUGAACUUGAUGCAAACACCGCGGAAAGUCGUGCAGGAAAGAUUUUAUUCGGCCUUGGAUUCACACCCGACAUGCAGAGGCGUCCGACUAAAUCGUUUUCGGGUGGAUGGCGUAUGCGCAUCUCUUUGGCACAGGCCCUCUUUAUCAAUCCCACAGUCUUGCUGUUGGAUGAGCCCACAAACCACUUAGACAUUGAGGCCGUAGUCUGGUUGGAGAACUACCUGAGUAAGUUCAAUAAGAUUCUUCUGAUGGUCUCACACUCACAAGACUUUAUGAACAACGUGUGCACCAAAAUAUGCCACAUGCAUCUCAAGCGACUCACGUACUAUGACGGGAACUAUGACCAGUAUUGUAUUACCCGCCUUGAGAAGGAAAGCAACCAGAUGAAGAAGUAUCAAUGGGAGCAGAAUCAAAUCAAAAGUAUGAAGGAAUACAUCGCUCGCUUUGGACAUGGGAGCGCGAAGCUCGCACGUCAGGCUCAGUCCAAAGAGAAGACGCUGGCCAAGAUGACCCGCGGUGGGCUCACCGAUGCGGUUGUGAAAGAUCGACAGAUUAACUUUGAGUUUCCAUGUUCUGGCUACCUGCCACCACCAAUGUUGCAGUUUAGGGAAGUCUCUUUUAACUACCCGGGAUGCGAACCACUUUUUCAGAAUCUCGAUAUCGGAGUCGAUAUGGACUCCCGGAUCUGCCUUGUGGGGCCUAACGGCGCAGGUAAGACGACAUUGACGAAGUUGAUGUGCCGUGAGCUGGAGCCGACGAGCGGUUAUGUCUCGAAAAACGCGCACUGUGUCAUGGCCCGUUUCCACCAGCAUUUUGUGGACCAAAUCAAUAUGGACCUAACACCGCUGGAGUGGAUGGCUCGAGAAUAUCCAGAUGUCACGGAGCCGUCAAUACUGCGCAGUUCGCUGGGAAAGUUCGGUAUCUCUGGCAAAAGUCAAAUGACUUCUAUGAAAACCCUUUCUGAUGGUCAGAAGUCGCGUGUCGUGCUGGCAUGGAUGGCAUUUAAAAGACCGCAUUUGAUGAUUUUAGAUGAGCCCACUAACCAUCUAGAUAUUGAAUCAAUUGACGCCCUGGCAGACGCAAUAAAUGCGUUUGAGGGUGCUGUGGUAGUAGUUUCACACGAUUUGCGCCUCAUCGCGCAAAUCGCGGACGAGAUUUGGAUUGUAGAUAAAGGUCAAGCAAAGCGGUUCGAAGGUGAUAUUGCGGACUAUAAAGAGCAUGUGCAGAACGAGGUUAAUCGGAUGAUACAAGAUUACGCAUCAAAGUUCUAG